AACUUUUUGACUUUCAUCAUCUGUUGCCAAUUGGUCGUCAAUAGAAACAAUCUCAGAUAAUCAUGAUAAUGAUUAUCAUUUUGUCAAUUAACUUGCGAAACUCGUAUCCAAGAUAGUUUUAACAGCUAGACAGAGAUUUAUUAUGUGUCAUGUCACAACGCACUAAAGUUAUUCAUCUGUAUAAAACGCUAUUGUACAUGGGCCGGGACUAUCCAAAGGGAUAUCAGUAUUUUAGAACCAAGCUAAGGACAGUUUUCGAUAAGAAUAAAACAGAAACCGAUCCUGAGAAGAUAGAUAAAAUGAUAGAAUCUCCUAAAAUGGCCGCUUGCGUAGCUGUUAUUGGCAAAGAUAACUCUCCAAAGUUUAUCAAAAUAUAUCAAUGUGCGGAUGAAAAUGCUGGACUGCAGUUUCAUUACAAGGUGCAUACGUCAAUUGAUAUUAUAGAGGAGAAACUGAAUAUAGGAAAUAAAAUGACAGUUGAUAUACGUGACUUGUAUUUAGGCUUGUUAUUUGCAACUGAAGAAUACAAAAUAUAUGGUUAUGCUACGAACACAAAGAUUAAAUUUGUCGUGGUAUUACAAUCGUCCAAUGUAUCUUUAAGAGAUAAUGAAAUAAAAAUGAUUUUUAAGAAGCUCCAUGCUGCAUACUCCAAUGCUGUUUGCAAUCCGUUUUACAUUCCAGGCGAUGAGAUUAAAUCUAAGUCAUUUGAUACUGCAGUAAUGGAAAUAAUGGGUGUUAUAUAAUAUAUUAUAUAGAGAUAUUAAUAAAAAAUACCUCAUUAAUCGUGAAAUGCAAAAUCGACGUUAUACAAAUAAUUUAUAACUAAUAAAUAAUACAAAACUGAGGACUG